AUGAAACAGCUAAUAAGAAAGUAUACUACAUCUACUCCUCAAUCCAUUACUUUUGAAAAACCACGAAUCACAGGGGCAGGUCCAUUUGCAGCACGUCCUCGUUUCCACGCAAUAGGUCACCCAUCAAACGUUCUUUCGAUAUCACUCCCACAAUCAUCAAGCAUCUACAUCUCCCAAAGCUCAACCUUAGCAGCAAACGUUGAACUAAGCACCAUUCAAUCAAAUGCGAAAUCAUUAUAUGGGGUCGUUUAUCAACAAUUGAAGUCUACUGAAUCGUCCAAUUUACUCGUUCAUGGGCAGAGUCAUUAUCGUGUCUUGGAUGCUGCUCUGCAGUGGACCGUGUUUGAUAGUCAGCGUAUAAUAGGCUGGACUGGAUCGGAUGUGGAGUUUAAAGGAUUGGCUUUGCAAACAAGUCAUAAUUCAGUUGAACUUUCGGGAAAGGGACAUAUUGUACUUGAUGGAACUUCGGAAAUAUUGAACUUGCAAGUGGAAGCAAACGAUGAAGUAUUGAUUAACCCGAAUGCAUUGAUUGCAGUCAACACAACCGCAAGAGCCAACCUCAAACCGGAAGUGUUGAACCCUGGGACUUAUGAACUACAUAAAUUAGAACUUCCUCAUUUCGAUUGGCCAUAUUGGAUAACGAACCCAAUCAAACAAAUACGAGCCACUGCCGAUCAACUCUUGCAUCAAUUGAAUCCACGUCAAAUUCUAGAUCCCAUCGCGCCAUAUUGGACGCCAGUACAAAGACAAUUUAGUAAAUUGUGGCAUUGGAUCUAUAUCAAAAUCAAUGGUCGUUUGAUUCGAAGAAACCCCAUAUAUUUCAAAAUUACGGGACCGGCUAACAUCUUGAUUGAUAAUCAACAAAUGUUGACAAAUAACAAAAUGUUUACUAGUAAGGAGAUUACCAAGCUAUUCAAACAACAAAAUUAA